AUGGCAGAUGCAUUUCUGCAUCUGAUCCCUUAUGCACGAGAGCCUAGUAUUCUUGUUGAAGUUGACAAGUGCAUUUCUACUGACCUGAUUGCGUUCGUAAAACGAUUCAAGUUGCGGUCUAAAUUUCAAAUCAACGAUGUUUCUGAUGCAUGGGAUGUCAUGCAGCUGUAUGGUAAUGCUCAGGUGGAUCUAGACAUGCUUAAUUUGUAUGGUGCUUAUGCUUUUCGGGACGUCCGUUCACCUGAAAUGGGCUGGCGUGUAUUACUUCCAAAAAAGCACACAGAACAAGAAAUUCCUCUCAAGAAUGCUACUGACGUGGACUAUACCAUUCACCGUAUGUUGCAGGGUGUACCUGAAGGUUCUAAGGAAAUUCACAUGGGCUCAAGUCUCCCACUCGAAAGCUGCAUUGAUUAUAUGCACGGUGUAGACUUCCGCAAGGGCUGCUAUAUUGGACAAGAAUUAACUGCGCGCACCUUUUUCACGGGGCUUGUGCGAAAACGCAUUAUGCCCAUUAGUCUAGAUCCUAACCCAUGCCAUCACUCAUCCCCCGCUCCCAUCAAUGUCGAUACUAGCAUGAACCUUGCGCUACCAGAUUCCGGUGCUGAUGUGCGCUUUGUGAUGCCUCAAAAAUCUGACGUAUCUACUUCCCAGCCUGGAAGAUCACGCUCAGCCGGCAAGUUCCUUAGUGGCAUUCAUAAUAUUGGUCUCGCGCUGCUGCGGUUGGAGCAGGUGGAUAAAUCGAAUUCGGAAGAGGCGGGGCAUCCCCGGCUUGUAUUGGAAGCUCCAGAUGGCUCGCCACUCUACCUGCACGCUUACAGGCCGUCUUGGUGGGACUCGGAGACCCUCCAAAAACCGAAUGGUUCCAACUAG